CUGGUCAAAGCAACUUCGAGAAUUACAUACAAGUUUCGGCCCUAACGUUGACAAAUAUAUAAAAAGAGCGAAGAAACUGCUUUUUCCAACAGAUGAGAUGUGUCACCCGUAUGACUUAGACUUAUAUCUUUAUUAUAUCAGACCACAUGUCCGAAUCUAGUUCAUCAUAUCUGUACAUUCCGAUUCACACUAUCUUUGUAGUAGGUCUGGCGCUAUCUUCAGCCUGCCUAGCUAUACGGCUGCACUCUAGGUAUCGAACCACAAAUAGGCUUGACAAUGGAGAACUAUGUCUUUUAUCAUCGUGGACCUUGUGUCUUACAACCCAGAUACUGAUUCUAUAUGCUCUCGACUAUGCCGGACUGGGUUUUCAUCUAAAUUCUUUGGAUGCAAGCACUAUCAAUAGAUAUAAGAAGCUUCUCUUGAUCGUGUCUUGUCUAUUUGUUCUUGGGAUUUAUCUAGCUAGACUUUCGCAGCUUCUUUUAUUGCAUCACCUUGUCCGCCUGCUCGAAGUUCAAUGGCUUCGCAAAGCUAUUCUGGUUAUUACAGUAUUUACAACGUUGGGUUCAUUUAUUCUGGUGUGUUGCUUUGUUUUUGCCUGCCGCCCAAUCUCAAAAUCAUGGAAUAUUGUUGAGCAAGGAGAUUGUAUCAGCCAGGUGGCUACCUAUAUCUCCGUCGCAGUUUUCAACAUAACAACUGAUAUGACACUUGUUGUACUAUUCGGUGUACUUCUCUGGAAUCUGCCGUUAUCGAAACCAGAUCAGAAGAAGUUCUCAAUACUGUCUUUAUUGGCUUGCAUAACAAUUAUUGCAAGUGCUGCACGUCUACGGCUUACAGUACCCUUAUUGUCAUCUGAAGAUCUAACCUAUGCAAUGACCCCAAUUGCACUUUUGGUUGGUACUGAAAUGAACCUGAUUAUUUUCGUUGUGUGUCUUCCAGCUGUUUGGAAGUUCUUGUGCACGCUCACCAUGAAUCAUGAAUCUCCAUCGUCUUUUAUAUCUUAGGCUUAAUAAGUGUUCAAUGGAAUGAGUCCGAACCCUCAAAACUUGCGGUAGCAUAUGGAAAUUACUGAAGUACUA